UCCCAACUCAGGUGCCCAGGCAGAGGAGGUUGCUUCGCGUUGUUUCCUCCGUCCGGCGGCGGUUCCUCUGACUGGAUCGAUCAGAAUCACCGGUGGCGGCGACGGCUGCGGUUCCCCGGGGAGGGCGACGGGAGGGGCCGGCGGCGGGAUGGAGGUGCCGUGGCUGCUGGUGGCGCACGGGUCGGUGACGGCGCUGGUGGUGGUGUCGUUCCUGUGCGGGCAGUGGCCCAUCUUCGAGGGCACCUUCAUCCAGAGCAUCAACCACUUCCUCACCUUUGGCGCUUACCACUACCUCUUGCGGUUCGUGCAGGCGGUAUGCGGCACCGGGGCCAGGGAUCUCGUCCUCGGCGUCGAGCAGUACUGCUGCGACCGGCCCAACCCGAUCCUGCAGGUGUUUUAUGUUGCCAUAAUUGGGGUGACAUAUUUUAUGAUAGUGCAGACAUCUUUCGAGUACAUUCCUGGGUAUUAUGUGAGUGGAUGGCACAGAUAUUUGAGCAUAGUUGCUGUUGCUGUUGGUGCUAUACUCUUCGUGCUCACUAGCUUUUCUGAUCCUGGGACCGUUACUGCUGAGAAUUUCUCUCAAUAUGUAUCUGCCUACCCAUAUGACAACAUCAUUUUUGUGGAGAAAGAAUGUUCUACUUGCAAGAUUACUAGACCAGCCAGGGCAAAGCACUGCAGAAUAUGUGAUAAAUGUGUUGCUCGAUUUGAUCAUCAUUGUGGAUGGAUGAAUAAUUGCAUUGGGGAGAAAAAUACUCGCUAUUUUGUGGCCUUUUUGGUUUGGCACUUUCUUAUAUGUGUGUACGGGGCACUAGUCCUUGGCUUCAUUCUUGCUGGCGAACUAAAAGAGAGGAAAGUUAUCUACAUUCUCACAGCUUAUUAUGGUAUUGAGAAUUCAUUCUUGGGAUUAUUUCCACAUGUUGCACAGUGGCUGCUUGCUGUACAUAACACACAGAUACUUCUGAGUGUAUUUUUGGCUAUACUAGCAUUGCUACUUGGUGGUUUCUGCGCCUACCAUGCACACCUUUGUUUAACAAAUACAACAACCAAUGAGUCAUUCAAAUGGCAAGACUACAUCAUGUGGAUGAAAAAGGAGAACGAAGCGAAGGCAAAUGCUGCUGCACUCAAGGCCAGCAUGGGCUCAUCUAACAGCGAGGCACACAAAGCUCCUCCAAGCAAAUGGAGGUCAUUCUUUGUUAGGUCCCGAAGACCGAGUGUGGAACCAGUUGUGAAAAACAAUAUAUAUGACAGAGGCAUGAUUAGAAACAUGUGCGAGGUGAUUGUCCCUUUGUCGGAGCGGAAGUCAUUUUCCCGCAGGAAAUCAGAUUGAGACCGACUGUUCUUACAGCUGUUGUAUCAACAAACUGUUGUAUAUCCAUGUAGAAUUCGCAAAACAUUUUUUUUCAUACCAUAGAGGAAAUAUUUUCAGGAUAAUCUUGUUCAGGACUGAUGGGUUAGCAUCAAAAUAUAGAUAAGAAGUUUUGAAAUUCCAUUUAUCUGUAACUUUGUACCCUUCCUGAAAUAGAGAAACUUGCUGCAA